UUUUGAAGGUACAUGGACGAAGACGGAGAGAAACGUGUUCGUACCAAACGAUCGUGUUCUCCUGAAUCUUUCGACAAAAGAUCUGGUGAUGAAGUUGAUUGGGUAAGCGAUUUGCCAGAUGCUUUGCUUUGUCAUGUUCUCUUGAAUCUUCCGACAAAAGAUGUGGUUAAGAAUUCUAUCUUAUCCACCAAAUGGAGAAAUCUCUGGAGGUAUGUUCCUGGUUUGGAAUUGGAUGGUCUUGAUUUUGCUGACUACAAUACUUUUGUGAGUUUUGUCGAUAAGUUUCUGAGUUUCACCAUGGAGUCGUGUUUUAAUAAGUUAAAGUUAAGUUUUUAUUGCAAUCUCGAGAAUGAGGAGACCGAUAAUGCUCAUGUGGCGCGGUGGAUCAACGCUGUUAUUAAACGGAAAAUUCAGCAUCUCGAUCUUGCGUGGGGUGCAGUGGAGAUACCUCCGAUACUCUACAGGUCUAAGAGCUUGGUCUCUUUAAAGCUUUGUUGUGUAAUCUUGCCAAAUCCUGAGUUUGUAUCUUUACUGUCUGUCAAAGUUAUGGUUCUAGAUUUGGUUAAGUUUGCCAAUGAUUUGGCUUUGGAAAUGCUUAUCUCAGGCUGCCUAGUUCUCGAAAGCUUAACUUUAUGCAGAAGUCACAAUGACAAUGUAAAAGUUUUACGUGUGAGCUCUCAGUCUCUAUUGAGUUUCACCUAUUACGGCCCCAAUACCAUGGGUCCUGAAAAUGAUGAACUAGUAGUGGAAAUUGAUGCUCCUAAGCUUGAGUAUCUCAAGCUCUCUCAUCGUUUAACUGCAAGUUUCAUAAUAAAGAAUCUGAGUUCUCUUGUAGAGGCAUAUAUCGAUAUUGAGUUCAACUUUUGUUUCCGAAAGAAGUUUGAUCCGAAGAAUCUACCAAAGAGAGAAAUGAUUCGUAAUUUUCUUGUCGGGAUCUCUGGUGUCCAAAAGAUGACCAUCGCUGCAUGUACUCUUGAGGUCAUUUAUGAUUACUCAAGAUGUGAACCACUGCCCUUAUUUCGUAACCUAUCUUCCUUGAGUAUUGAUUUCUACAUCCAUAAAUGGGAAAUAUUGCCGCUUUUUCUUGAGAGCUGCCCGAAUCUAAAAUCUCUUGCCGUGGGAUCUAAUACAUCUCGAAGGGAGGGAACUAGUAUUAUAUCUGCACCUCGGUGUCUCCUAUCAUCUCUCGAGUAUGUUAAUAUAGAAACGCCAUUGAGAGGAGAGGCCUUGGAGAUGAAACUAGUGAGUUACUUACUUGAGAACUCGCCAAUCCUCAAGAAACUCACUCUAUCUUUGGAUGAUUAUUCUAGAAAGAAAGUAGAAUGUGAACUCCUUACCAUUCCAAGACGCUCUAGCUCAUGCCAAUUUAUCGUUCUCUGAUCCUCGUUGACGAACAUACAAGGUUGUCUUUCUGUACUUUUAUUAAUGUUAUAAACUCUGUGUUUUCUUCUUCAUUGUGGUGACUUUGUUGUGUUGCAGAUCGUAAGAAGAUCAUAUGUUUGUUUUAAGUGUUUCAAUUGAACCAAAAAUGUAAUAAGGUUCGUGUAAGACCCAAAGAUUAAAGAUUCCAGAAACUCUUUAUUAAUGUGAACUAUAUGCUUUUUUAUUCA